CAUCACAUAGAGAGCAGUGAGCGAAGCAGAGCCCCCGGUUAUCACCACUCUCUUGCCCGUCCACGCACAUACACGCGUGUCAACGCCUUAAAGAGUCACUACCUCAUUGACUCCGACGUCAUGAAGAUGCAGAGCGGGUUUGCUCUGCUGCUCGUUGGGUUAUCCUUCGCUGUCGCUUUCGGUUGCGACCGCAGCCGGUGUUGCUGUCCACCUGAUGAAGGCGCCGUCAUCACUGUGAACGUGGAGAAACGGAAUGGCAAGAAGGGAGACAUGCUGAGGUUUGACUACGCCGGUUUCGGGCAGGGAUGUCAACGAGAGGGAGACCUGCAGUGGUUCUUUUGUCGUCACAAUGCUGACAAGAAUAAGUGCAACGAGAUGAAUGGUGGACAUGCGAAGCUGGUGAGAUUGAAGAAUCGGAUUGAAGUGAAGAAUGGUUCGUGUGGGUUUGUGUUGAAGUGUGCGAGAGGUGAGUGCAAGGAGGCAGGAGUUAGCAACUGGGUGGGAGGAUACAAGAUGCUACAUGGACCAACAUCUGCGCCAAAGAAUGUUGAGAUGGAUGCCACACCAAGUGUAGCAGUCGGUUGCUCUCAGCGUAUUAAUGGCGAAGUAUUGUUUCAUGAUGACGGUUCAGAGUGGGAAGAUAGUGCAAUGUGUCAACAGUGUCGAUGUGAAAACGGAAGGGUGACGUGUGUAGCUAUGCAGUGCGACGACAGCAACGUUUCGCCAUUGUGUGUCAAUGUCGACACGACAGGAUGCUGUGACAGAUGUAGAGACGAACAUCUUGGCUGUAGAAGGACGCUUGGUGAUGGCACUGAACAACUUGUUGAGCACUUAGCAAGGUGGAUAGAUGACUCAUCGCGAUCCUGCAAGCACUGUUCUUGUAACGAUGGGAGAAGUGUAUGUGGAGUUGUGGCUUGUGACCCUGUGCCGGGUUGUAUUGAAUAUGAAGUUGUCACUACAUCAUGCUGUCCGAGUUGCAAGCGAUUUGAACUUCUUGGCUGCAGAAGGAGUGUUGGUGACGGCACUGAACAACUUGUUGAGCACUCUGGAAGGUGGAUAGAAAAAUCCUUGGGAUCCUGCAAGCACUGUUCUUGUGACAAUGGGAGAAUUCUGUGUGGAGAGGUGGCUUGUGAGCCUGUGCCGGGUUGUAUUGAAUAUGAAGUUGACAAUACAACGUGCUGUCCAGGCUGCAAGCGAUUAGUUUCCAAAUGUGGUGGAGAACACCCGGUUAUCCAAGAAGAUGACAGUGAACUUACAUGUCGUAGUUUUGAUCCUCCUUGUCCAGAUAAUACUUAUUGUCACAUUCAUGAAUCAGAUGCUUUUGCAGUCUGUUGUCCAUCACAACUUAGAGGAGAACCACAACCAGAUGAUCCAAUACCUAAAGGUCCACAGUGCAAGUAUCGAUAUCCUAACGGCACGAGACACGUGUUCAAUGCAGGCGACGUGUUCCUUGUAAAGCAAGACAACCGUCCAUGUCGUGAAUGUCAUUGUAAUGACAGCAAAGUUAGUUGUCAGAAGAAAACGUGUAAACCUAUUACAGGAUGCACGCGACUACAAGAGAGUCAAACACAAUGCUGCCCUCCGUGCGAUCACGAAAUUGAAGUGCCAUGUCGUUAUCGUUUCCCUAAUGGUACGAGAGUUGCCUAUAAGUCUGGUGAUCAAUGGGCUGUGAAGAGGUCUCAAAAACCAUGCAGGCAGUGCCGCUGUGCAGGCGGUGAAGCAGUUUGUGGACAAGUUGCGUGCGAUGAGGUACUGGGUUGUGUUGAGUAUGAAGACUCUCCUGAUUUCUGUUGUCCUGGUUGCGUGAGAAUAGACGUUGAGGAAAUUCCUUGCCGUAAUAUAUCAUCUCCACUUACCGACAGCAAUGGCAAUGUUAUUGGCUGCGGUCGCGGUCAACGUCCAUGCCCUGCUGAGUCAGAAUGCCACGUCCAUCCAACAGACCGAUUUGCAGUUUGCUGUCCAUUGUCUAUGAAUACACCCACCCCAACAUUUGUUCCCAUCAAUGUGUGUGAUGAAGUGUCAUGCCGAUCUCGUCAGGAAUGUCAGACGUAUAAUGGUGAACCGUACUGCGUGGAUUCGUGUGCCGAUAAUGGAGGGUGUGGUGAUGACGAGAUAUGCGAAUUGGUGAUGCAAACUUGUGACAUUCUGCCCUGUUUUAAGAAACGUGAAUGUGUUGCUAAAGGGAUGCAACCCUGUAUUGUCUCAUUUCGUGGUGGAACCGUUGGAUUAUACAGACACAAGGAAACGUGGAAACCCAGUACGUGUGACUUCUGCGAAUGCAACGAUGGUGCAAGCCAGUGUACUGCAAUUAUCUGCAACGUUCCUGGCUGUGGUCGUUACAGUCAACCAUUGAGAGGCGAAUGCUGUGGAAAGUGUUUGGAGUACGAUCCAGUGGCCGUAAACAGAGUGUAUCCUGGUGCUUGUAUCGUGGAGACCGGCGAUCCCGAGAAGCCUCAAGUUAUUCACAAAGCCGGAGAAAAAUGGCAACCAAACAGUUUAGAUCCUUGCACAAGCUGUCAAUGUAUUAACGGCUCUGCUGCUUGCCUGGCUGCCCUCUGUUUCAAAGAUGCAAACUGCCUGAAGUAUGACGAUGCUUCUGACGUUUGCUGCCCACCUUGUAAAGUCCACAAUUCAGAGGCCUGCCCUGUCAACACAACCAUCGGUUUUGUUCCAAUUCGGGCAGACUACAUCAUGGAUGCUUGUACCUCGUGCAAAUGCAGAAAGACGAAUCGAGGUCAACCAGCCGAGCUAAGAUGCAAGACACAAAACUGCCGUCGCGUAACCAAAGACUGCGACGAACUCGCCAAACCAGAAGACGGACAAUGUUGCCCAGAGUGUCUACGGCGUGUGACUCCACCACCAGAAACACCAACAUCGACCCUACCAACGGUCACUCAACCCGUUUCGUCCGUUUUGUGUUUUGUUUUACUAGCAAACGGAUCAACUGUUGGCUAUCCAUUUGGAGACUUCAAAGUGGGCAGCUGUGACGUUUGUACGUGUGAGAGUGACGGUUCACCUACGUGUGUGUUUACCCCGGUUGUCGCGUGUCCUGAAAAUCCGUCGUGUGUGGAAUACGAAGUAAGAGAAUUUGGUAGUUGCUGUCGAAAGUGUCGAUCGUUCAGACGGAACGAAUCGAGUACGGAACCACCGCGACGAGGCAGAGAUUGUAACACAAACGAAGAUAUCCAUGAGAGCGGCACACAUUGGCAUCCAAACAACGAUACGUGUCUAUCGUGUCACUGUAACGAUGGCAACGUGACGUGCACUCGUCUGCAGUGUCCCGCCAUUGCCAACUGUACGGAGUAUGGAGCCAUCGCAUUGGGAGAAUGCUGCCCUUCCUGUAACAGCAUCACUGGAAGAAGCUUUUUAAACAACAUCUGCAUUUUGCCUAAAGAAGAAGGCGAGUGUUUGGGAUAUUUCAGUCGUUGGUACUUUGACGACAACAUCGAGCAGUGCAUGCCGUUCAUCUACAGUGGAUGUGCUGGGAAUGGAAACAGUUUUGCUACGAAAGCUAAAUGUGAAGAAAGCUGCAUGGUUGCACCUGAGCCAACUUGCCACGAGGCGGUCGAUGUCGGUUAUGGUGGAGCAAAAUUCACCCGCUACUACUACAAUGACAUAUCACUAUCAUGCAAGAAAUUCACAUACCAAGGACGAGGAGGAAACGGGAACAGAUAUGAGAGCAAAGCUGAAUGCAUCAGUGCAUGCAGACUGCCUUCAAGAGUCGGAUUGCCGGAGCAGAUCUGUCGUGCCGCUGUUGAUCACGGCCCUUGUAGUCUUUCUCUACCACGAUUCGCGUACAAUCCUCGCACUCAAACUUGCAAGCCGUUCAACUACACCGGCUGUAAGGGCAACUCGAACCACUUCAAGUCUCAGAAACGUUGCCAACUGUUCUGUGCAGGAGUUGUGGCUCCAGCUGGGCCGUCAACAUCUGCUCCUACUACUAAAGCACCGGUGGUGACAACAGCUGCACCUACAACACCACCAGCAUCUGGACGGCUCUGCACAUUCCCGAUGGCAGUUGGUCCGUGUCGGGGUAAAUUCCCACGGUACUACUUCAAUUACGACAGCAAGAGAUGCGAACAAUUUUUCUACGGUGGAUGUGGUGGCAAUCAGAACAGAUUCCUUACGUUGGCCGAAUGUCAUAGCACGUGUCCUGUUGAUCUGUAUCCGAUGGAGGCUUGUAUGUUGCACGUGCGUCCGGGACCGUGCAAGGCGCGCUAUGAUCGAUACUUCUAUAAUGCAUCGAGUAGUCAGUGUGAGAAGUUUGUGUACGGCGGAUGUCGUGGUAACACAAACAACUUUUUGGAUAUGCCCAGCUGUAUGAGACAUUGCGCUUCGGGUCCAACUCCGUGUACUCAAAGACAGCAGAACAACAUCAUCAACUGUCGCCAUAUCGGCUGCUUUAUCACACAAUGCACAGUCGAGGGUGACUUUAUCCCAAAACAAUGCGACGACCUAACCGGCGAUUGCUGGUGCGUCAACGAGGACGGCGUCACAACCAUAAACACACGAGUGUCUCUCGCUCGUGCCGACCUCUUAACGUGUGAAGUGGAAUCAGUAGCGGACACCAAGUGCGAGAGAAGACGCCAACGACAACUUCGAGGUUGUGGAACCAACGUAGCGUGCUUUGUUCUGUCGUGUGAGCGAGACGGCUCGUUUAUGCCAAAACAAUGUCUCGCGGACGGCACUUGCUACUGUGUAGACAAGAAUGGUGACGAGAGACCCGGAAAGAGAGUAGGAGGUGACCUUGAUUGUAGAGUAUUGAAUCAACUCGAGGCAACGCCAUCCAAACAAACAACAGACGGACGAGAGCCAACGACCGAUGCGGUCGUAUCAUCGACACUUUCACCUACCAGACCGACAUCUCAUGUGAUACAAUCGACAUCACGUGCGUACACCAAAGAGCCGACUUUGUUCCCGAUGGGCGACUCUUGUUAUCAAAUAUCAUGUAGCUUCGGUGCCACGUGUGUCGACGGCCAAUGCAUUUGUGACAUCUUGUGUGGCCGUAAACGAGACAAAGUGUGCGGCACUGACGGACAAACGUAUCGAAAUCCGUGCGAGUUAUCUCGAAUCGGAUGUUUACAGAUGAGGAGAGUCGGUGUUCACCACGAAGGACGAUGUGGAAGUCGAGUCGAACCAACAACCGUAGUACAAUCGGUUACAGAGAGAACAACCGAUCGCCCACCCGUGCGACAUCCGGCUGUCCUCGUGAGUAGCUGUUCGUUGCCGCCGGAGACGGGUCUGUGUCGUGCAUACAUACCGCAAUAUUUCUUCAAUCGUACGUCCGGUCAGUGCGAGUCGUUUGUGUACGGCGGCUGCGAUGGAAACGAGAACAGAUUCGAGGAGUUCCACGAAUGUCAGGAAGUGUGCGGCGGACCCGACGCUUGCAUCGUCACUCGAGAGAGACUCGUAUACGAGGACGCAUCCGAUGCGGUCUAUGGAGUACCCAACGCCAAACCAUCUCACAUCGCUCCGACGUGUCAUCACGACAUCGUCCUGUUGAUCGACAAAGCCGUGACAAAUCCGGACACAACGACAGUCGCACGACAGAUCGCGAAGCAACUUAGCAACGACCUCGCUAAGGCGACAUCACAGUGUCCUAACCCUCAAGUUCGUUUCGGUUUGGUUCGUUUGUCGUUUGCAAGGAAUUCGAAUUCGUACGCCCACAUUCAGUUGUCACCCGAUGAGACAUGUCUCGGGACGUUGUCACAGUUGCGGCUCGCACUAAAGAAUAUUAACUUGUUUGGUGGUGACAAGAUCGUUUCCCCGAGAACCGAUACCAUCCAGCGUGCUCUGACCGACACUCUCGAUUCGUGCGGCUUGUGUACAACCGAUCACUGUGGUUGCUUCCGUCAUUUCAUCCUCAUUGCUAAUCGUAGUGCCGAGACGCAUCCGUUUGGCGAUGCCGUACACAACACACUGAGAGACGGUCACGUGUUUCUACACUCUGUCGUCGACGCUGGACUCACAAACGGCAAUAUUGGUUAUAACAGAGACAAACAAUAUCAGGCUGCUGGAAAAGACUUUGUUGAAAUCAAUCAAAAUCCUAGUUGGCCGACAAACCGAUAUGCCGAAAUGGCGUUACAAACUGAGGGAUCGGUGUGGGAAUUCGACCGAAGCGGCGAUAAGUCCUUACAGUCUGCGCUCGUCGAGUUUGUUGUCACGCUCCCGAAACGAUUACAACACGGAUGUCACAUGUGCGAGUGCCAGGGGUCGGUGCUUCAGUGCUGCUACUUGUACGGACGUACGAAGGGCACGUGCAAACUCGGAUGCGAAUUCGGUGAAGACUACAUGGUGCUCUCGGAUGAUCCACCGCGAGCUAGAAGUAUCACUGUACCACCAGCCGACAACAGCAUAUGCGAAAUCGUCAUCAUAGUCGAAGAGACUUCACCCAGCAAGGCAGCAAUCGACUGGAUCAGUACCGACGCGUUCUGUAAACUAACCAACUCGUUGAGAGAUAAGAAAGUCUGCAGUGGAGGCAUCAAGUUCGGUCUCUUCGGCUUUGGAGGCGAAGGCCGCGAAGGUCGGUGUGGACACCAAAUCACAUUCGGUAUAAACAGUGAACGUGUGUGGGGAUCGUGUGGGGAACUACAAGCGGCAGCAAAAUCGAACCUCAAAUUUGAUAAUCGGAUGGUGAGAGGAGACAUAUACUGCGCUCUCGAUUCUGUCAUUGAUCAAUACUAUUGGAUCGCCGACAGCUACAAGGUUGUUAUCGUUGCGGCUCUGUCGACGAGAAACGAUCGAGAGAAGGACAUUGACAUUGACAGUCUCGGCGUUGGAUUCCGAGAUCUUGGAGUGACACUCGCCGUCGUCGUCAACACCUCAUUCACCCCCGUGGAUACUCGAAUGGGAAGUCCAUUUGGUAUUGCUAAUGCCGGCCUCAAAGAUGCGUAUACUAUUAACCCCACUAACAAUUCAAUGUACAUUGGUACGAGCAUCGGGUCGUCGAAACCGGUUGCUGGACUACCGGGCACCGAGCUAGCGCAGCUUGCGUAUAACAUGAAGCAUGGCCGUCAGUAUGGAUCUGCGUGGAGUUUCAAUGAGCUUGUGCGCUCGAUGUCGGAGAAUCGGGGCUCGGUUUUUGACGAGGCGUUUGUGGAAUCUCUGAGUGACUCGUUGCAUACUGCUGGUGCUGUGUGUGUCGAGUGUCGAUGCGUGGGCGUGGGCAUUGAGUGUCAGGCUGUCGAUGGAGAGUCUCUUUCUACUUGUUUGCCAGUUUAUUAGAUGCAGGUCCAUUGAAUAGGGCGGAUGGCGGAGCCUGAUACAUACUAUAAGUAACAUAUGACUGUACACAGUAGGUACUCAUCUUGUAGACUAUUUCUGUGGUGGGGGUUGGUACGUAUAGGAUGUGGGCAAUAGGCACAGCACGCGGGUAUGCUGGAGAUUGCUACUGGUUUUAGUAGUCUGUGCUGUUGGGGUUAGUGGCAUUUGUAGAGAUGAAAGUGAUGGCAGUGAUGGA